GCAGGGAAGGAGGAGCUCUCAGAGAUGGCCAGCCAGGAGUGUGAGAGCUCCGGUUAGUGGGAGCCUGGGGUGGAGUUUGGAGGCCUGGGAGGAGUUUUGCUUGAUGGAGGGGCGGAGCAGGCAUCAAGCAGGAGAGGAAGUGAGAAUCCUUAAAUCCUGAUCCUGGUUGUGAUUGGAUGAAAGAGCUCAACCAUCCUAGGGGAGGAGCUCCUGGGACUAGGAAAUCCCUCCCAGAUUGGGUUGGCAGGAAGCAGGAAGUCUCUGAGCUAAGAGCCUGAUCUCUUCCCUGUAAUUCAGAUCUCUCUGCUUUUUUUCCCUUGGAGCUAUGAUCACUUUGUCGUCUGGAAGCCAGCCCUGUGCUUGCAGCUCCCAGGCAGGUCCGAGCCAAGAUCGCCCAUAUUUCCCAGCUUCUGUUGACUGCUUUUGCUAUUGGGUCUCAUUCUUCUCUUCUGACCUCUUGGGAGCCUGGAGCCAGAAGGAAUGUGCCCUGGAAGCCUCAGACCUCUUCCUCAGGAGUUGGUGACAUUCAGAGAUGUGGCUUUGGACUUUACCCAGGAAGAAUGGGGCCUCUUGGACGAUCCUCAGAAGGAGCUGUACAAGGAGGUCAUGUUGGAGAAUGCCUGGAACCUGCUCUCUCUGGGGCUUCUAGUUCCCAGCGAAUAUGUGAUCUCUUAUUUUCAGCAAAAAAAAUCCCAAUGGAUGCUGGACCAAGAAGGCCUGAGGAGCUGCUCUCCAGAAAGAGAAAUCAGACUUGAAACGAAGGAAAAUACUCCAGAGCUAAGUCUUCCUUUAGUAGAAACUUAUAAGCCAAAAUUCAUCAAUGAUGGUCCUGGUAACUUCUCUUGGAAAGAUAUAUGUAAUACACUUGAGAAAAUUCACAGUGGAGAGAAAUCUUAUGAGCAUAAUCAAAGUGGAAAAGUUUUCACAGAAAGGUGGGCUCUUACUGGACAUAAGAGAAAUCACAUUAGAGAGAAAUAUAUUGAAUAUAACCAAUAUGGAAAAAUUUUCAAAUAUAAAAAUAGUUUUCCUCUUUAUCAUAAAAUCCAUGCUGCAGAGAGACCUUAUGAAUGUAACCAGUGUGGAAAGGCUUUCACAAAAAAGGCACGUCUUACUAUACAUCAGAGAAUCCACACUGGAGAGAAACCUUAUAAAUGUAACCACUGUGGAAAGGCUUUUAGAGACAAGGGAACUCUUACUGUACAUCAGAGAAUCCACACUGGAGAGAAACCUUAUGAAUGUAACCAGUGUGGAAAGGCUUUUAGAGACAAGGGAGCUCUUACUGUACAUCAGAGAAUCCACACUGGAGAGAAACCUUAUGAAUGUAACCAGUGUGGAAAGGCUUUCACAAAAAAGUCACGUCUUACUGCGCAUCAGAGAAUCCACACUGGAGAGAAACCUUAUAAAUGUAACCACUGUGAAAAGUCUUUUACAGAAAGUGGAGCUCUUAAUAGACAUCAGAUAAUCCAUACAGCAGAGAAACCUUAUAAAUGUAACCAAUGUGGAAAGGCUUUUAUAGAAAGUGGAGCUCUUAAUAGACAUCAGAUAAUCCAUACAGCAGAGAAACCUUAUAAAUGUAACCAAUGUGGAAAGACUUUUAGUCAUAAAGGAAUUCUUACUGUACAUCAGAGAAUCCACACUGGAGAGAAACCUUAUGAAUGUAAUCAGUGUGGAAAGGGUUUCACAAAAAAGAUACGUCUUAUUGUACAUCAGAGAAUCCACACUGGAGAGGAACCUUAUAAAUGUAGCCAAUGUGGAAAGGCUUUUAGAGAUAAGGCAGUUCUUACUAUACAUCAGAGAAUCCACACUGGAGAGAAACCGUAUAAAUGUAACCAAUGUGGAAAGGCUUUUACAGAAAGCAGAAGUCUUAAUAGACAUCAGAGAAUCCAUACAGGAAAGAAACCUUAUAAAUGUAACCAAUGUGGAAAGGCUUUUAAACAUAAGGUAUCUCUUAGUGCACAUCAGAGAAUCCACACUGGAGAUGAACCUUAUAAAUGUAACCAAUGUGGAAAGGCUUUUAGAGACAAGAGAACUCUUACUGAACAUCAGAGAAUCCACACUGGAGAUGAACCUUAUAAAUGUAACCAAUGUGGAAAAGCCUUUAGAGACAAGGGAGCUCUUACUGCACACCAGAGAAUCCAUACUGGAGAGAAACCUUAUGAAUGUAACCAGUGUGGAAAGACUUUUAGACAAAGAGGAACUCUUACUGUACAUCAGAGAAUCCACACUGGAGAGAAACCUUAUGAAUGUAACCAAUGUGGGAAGUCUUUUACACAAAGUAGAACUCUUAAUAGACAUCAGAUAAUCCAUACAGCAGAGAAACCUUAUAAAUGUAACCAAUGUGGAAAGGCUUUUAGACACAAGGGAGCUCUUACUGUACAUCAGAGAAUCCACACUGGAGAGAAACCUUAUGAAUGUAACCAUUGUGGAAAGGCUUUUACACAAAGGGGAGCUCUUAUUGAACAUCAGAGAAUCCACACUGGAGAGAAACCUUAUAAAUGUAACCAGUGUGGAAAGGCUUUUACAGAAAGUAGAGGUCUUAAGAGACAUCAGAUAAUCCACACUGGAGAGAAACCUUAUGAAUGUAACCAAUGUGGAAAGGCUUUUAGAGACAAGGGAGCUCUUACUGUACAUCAGAGAAUCCACACUGGAGAGAAACCAUAUGAAUGUAACCAAUGUGGAAAGGCUUUUGGAGACAAGGGAGCUCUUACUGUACAUCAGAGAAUCCACACUGGAGAGAAACCUUAUAAGUGUAACCAAUGUGGGAAGGCUUUUACAAAUAGAGGAUUUCUUACUUUACAUCAGAGAAUCCACACUGGAGAGGAACAUUAUAAAUGUAACCAAUGAGGAAAGAGUUUUACAAAAAAAUGGAAUCUCUUACUCGACAUCAGAGGAUCCACUCUGGAGAAAACUCUUAUGAAUAUAACCAGUGUGGAAAGGCUUUUAGAGAUAAGGCAGUACAUCAGAGAAGCCACACUGGAGAAAAACCUUAUAAAUGUAACCAAUAUAGAAAGAGUUUUACAUAAAAAAUUGGAUUGGUUCUUGCCAGAUCUAUGAAGAAAGAGUUUUACAUAAAAAAUUGGAUUGGUUCUUGCCAGAUCUAUGAAGAAAGGUAAAAGCAUUAAAGUAAGGAGGAAAGUGACUUAGUAGAGUGCUAGUGCUUCCAUACUUAGCCUUCCAUACUGUAGCUAUAACACUACAUAGAGGGUGAGGAAGGAAAAAUAAAAGAUGACUAGGGAUGGCAGACAGCUUCUUAGCCAUAUUGGAUCCUUCUUUUCCACCUGGUCACCUACAUGCAAGGCAGUACAGUAUAAUGGAAAGAUCCCUACAUUUGAACUCAGAAGACAUGGGUUGAUAUUCUAGCACCGCUCUUUCUUAGAACUUCAAGUUAAGAAGCCUUUAUGAGCCUGAUAUAUGCCAUGCCUUGGCAUGUAGGAACCAAAAGAGAGUUGCAAAGGGUGUCCCCUGCUCCUAUGGAGAUCACAGACUGGUGGGACUGACAACACAAACCACUAGAUGGAAACCCACUGUGGACCAGAUAGUGUCUCACUAAAUCACUGUCAAUAUUGUCUUGCUUUAUCCUUAUAAGAACCCAUUUUACAGAGAAAGAAACUGAGAUAAACAGAGAUGCCUUGGCUUGACUAUCAAGUUUCUGAGUUAAGAUUAAAACUCUGGUCUUCAUGUCUUAAGGCCUACUAGUCUAUCUACUGCACCAUCAUCUGUAUUCUGAUUUUGUAACAGAAUAUUAUAAAAAUGUUCUCACAUGUGUAGGGUAAAAAAAAAAAAGAAGAAAAAUUGGGCAAAUUCCCUCUUAGAGAUAGAAAUUCAUUCUUUUCAAUUCUAACUAAUUAAAAGUUAAUUAUUAUUAAACAGAUUUAUAUUGCUAUUGAUUCAUGACAUGCAUUGGAUUAAAUGACACAUGCACACAAAGGUCAAUUGCAAAUAAUGCUUUGUGUUGUUGGGUUAUUUUUUUUUUAAAUAAAGCUUUUUAUUUACAAAACA